CGUCGCAGCUGCCGUGAUGUUUGCGUGGUUCGGUUCUUUCACAGUUCGGCUCGGAGUUCUGAGUCCGGUCCGGUUCUGUGCUGUCCUUCGCGGGGUUCGGCUCGGUGGACGGUUUGUUUCCUAUAAAGAGACGCCAGGAGAAAGUCCUCGUCCACUAGAGGGUGUCAAAGUGCUGGACCUGACCAGGGUUCUGGCUGGUCCCUUUGCCACCAUGAUCCUGGGAGAUCUGGGCGCUGACGUCAUCAAAGUGGAGAGACCAGGUUCCGGUGAUGACACCAGGUCUUGGGGUCCCCCAUUUGUCAGCUCGGAGAGCGUUUAUUUCCUUAGUGUCAAUCGAAACAAGAAGAGUGUUGCUGUGGAUCUGAAGCAUCCCAAAGGUGUGAAGGUCAUCCUGGAGCUAGCAGCAGUGAGUCAGGUCCUGGUGGAGAAUUACCUGCCAGGGAAACUGGAUCAGAUGGGUCUGGGAUACGACCAAAUCAGCAGAGUCAAUCCUCAGAUUAUCUACUGCUCCAUAUCAGGUUAUGGACAGACCGGUCCUCAGGCCCAGAGUCCGGGCUAUGACUCCAUUGCCUCCGCCAUGUCUGGCAUGAUGCACAUCACGGGACCCGAGGACGGUGACCCCGUGCGACCCGGCGUUGCCAUGACAGACCUGGCGACGGGGCUGUAUGCCCACGGCGCCAUCAUGGCGGCUGUAAUCCAGCAGCAGAAGACGGGACGCGGUGUUCACAUCGACUGCAACUUACUAUCGUCACAGGUUUCAUGUCUCAGCCAUAUUGCUGCAAACUAUCUGAAUGCGGGGAAGGAGGCUCGGCGCUGGGGGACGGCACACGAGAGCAUCGUACCCUAUCAGGGCUUCAAAACCAAAGACGGACACAUUGUCGUGGCUGCAGGAAAUGACAAACAGUUCGUCAAAGUCUGUCAGACUCUGGAUUUGGUAGAACUCACAGAGGAGCCGAACUACAAAACAAACAAACUGAGAGUACAAAACCGCCGACAGCUGCUGCACACACUGUCCCAGAGGUUCCUGCAGGAGAAGACAGCUGAUUGGCUGAGGAAGUUUGAGGGAUCAGGUGUUCCUGUCGGACCAAUCAACAGCAUCCAGGAAGUGUUCUCGGACGCACAGGUGAAACACAACGGCCUCAUCCAGGAGAUGGAUCAUCCGACAGCAGGACACAUCACUGUCCCUGGUCCAGCCGUUCGCUUCAGCAGCUUCGCCUCCAGCAAGCCGAUGCCUCCUCCUCUGAUUGGCCAGCACACCAAGAAGGUGCUGCGGGACACCUUGUCCUACAGUGAUGACAUCAUCAGAAUGCUGCUUGAGUCAGGGGCGGUGGCGCAGAACAAAGUCUCCUGAUUGGUCAGAAGAGGGAGAAACCCAAUCACGUUUUUAAACGCUCAGUACACAUUUCUCCACGUCUUCGCGUUCAGUCACAACAACUUUGUUUUGUUUUUUUUAACUCAUCAAAUUCAGUUCUUCAGUGUGAAACUAAAUUUGGAAUCCAAAAUCUAAACCAUUAUGAGGCUCGCCAUCAGGCUGGCUCUCAGACGUCGCCCUCCAGUGGUGACCUGAGUGUCGCUGUGACGUCGCAGUGUUUGAGUUUAGUUUGACUUUAAAAACCAAAACCAGCAUCAGGUUCGUUUUUACUGAACAUAAAGACACUUUAACACUAAAUCAUCAAAGGAGACAAAAAAAAGGCUAGAUUUUGUGUUUUUGAAAAAGAAAAUCUGGGAAUUCAGAAUGCAUCAUUUUCAAUGAAACAAACAAACAGAAACCCUGAAAACUUAAAUCACUUUGAUGAACAUGAUUUAAAGUUUGUGAACUGAAUUUAAAAUCCAUCUGAGAAAGAAUCUGUAAAAUACUGAAAACACGGAUCGCAAGUUAUAAAAUAAAUCACAGGACAGAUUUGACAGACGUGUUUAGAGCUGAUGUUAAAUCAGUCAUGACCUUUGACACUUUGAAUGUGAAUGAAAAACCUGUUUUAAUGCACUACUACUUUUAAUAUUUCUUGCUUUUU